AUGCCACCCUCAAACGGCAACCCGGAACCAGACGAGAGGACAUCGCUCCUGAGCAAAGACGUUCCGGAAACAAUUGAGCCCUCGCUUGGCGAUGCUAUCACCCCGGGGAUGGAUGUCAAUAGCAGUAGCUCGUGCUCAAAGGGGGAUGAUCGAGACGAGGAAAGGGGGGAGGUCGAAGAUGGGGGUGAGGGAAAUCAUAAAGUCGCUCAGAAGAUGUACCUUUUGUUUCCGGCUGUCUCUAUUGGCAUCUUGUUGAGCGCAGCAGAUCAGACACUCGUCGUAAGCAGCUACGCUCGCAUGGGGAGUGAUUUGAACGCCUUGAACAAUACCAGUUGGAUUGCUACUGCAUAUUUUCUUACACUUACUGGAUUCCAGCCGCUAUAUGGUAAACUCAGUGACAUUUUUGGACGCAAGCCAGCGCUCCUUUUUGCGUAUAUUGUCUUUGGUACAGGCUGUUUAUUAUGUGGUCUGGCAAGGAAUUUAGGGGAACUUGUUGCAGCAAGGGCCUUUGCAGGAAUUGGUGGUGGUGGAGUGACUACCGUUGUCAGUAUACUAUUUAGCGAUAUUGUACCCCUCAGAGAACGAGGCUCUUGGCAAGGAUACAUGAACAUUGUCUACGCCGUCGGAGCUUCGGGCGGUGCCCCUCUAGGUGGUUUCCUUGCAGAUUCCAUUGGCUGGCGCUGGGCUUUCCUAGGCCAAUUCCCCAUGUGCUUCGUCGCAACAAUAGCCGUCUACUUCGUCCUCGAUCUUCCCAGAACAGACCACUCACACUGGCUCGAGAAGAUUAAACGUGUCGAUUUCCUCGGCGCUUUUAGUCUCGUGUUCGCAGUCUUCUCCCUGCUCAUCGGUCUCGAUCGUGGCAGCAACGUCUCUUGGUCUGAUACUGUCGCCAUAGUCUGUUCUUGCGUCUCUAUCCCGCUGUUUGCGAUUUUCAUCUUCAUCGAAAUGAAGGUGGCAUCUCAUCCCUUCGCACCUGGGCAUAUCAUUUUCGAACGCUCCCUGUUGCCCGCAUACCUCUGCAAUUUCUUCGGGAUCGGUGCACAUAUGGGCAUGAUCUUUUACAUUCCGUUGUAUUUCCAGGCUGUUGAAGGUAUGUCCGCUACAUCAGCCGGUCUACGUCUGGUCCCAGCUAUGAUAUGUUCAGUCAGCGGCUCUCUAUUCGCUGGGUUCUAUAUGCAGAAGACUGGUCACUAUUUCUGGCUCACUGUAUGCUCUUUUGCGAUAUCCAUUGCUGGGUCCGUGGUAGUGUUUCUUUGCUCGGGGAUUUUGUUUACUUCUGGCUGGGCUAUGGUCGCAGGGAUGGGGAUCACUGCUUUCGGGGCCGGGUCAGUUGUCGUUGCCACUCUGAUCAGUGUUCUGGCGAACGCGGAUCCAAAAGAUCAGGCCAUUGCAACUGCCUGCUCAUAUCUCUUCCGCUCCCUGGGCAGCGUCACAGGCGUCAGCUUGGCUGCUACAGUGGUGCAGCAGAGCCUCCGGACACGUCUGAGAGCUAGCUUGAAAAGUGGGAAGGAGGCAGAUGAGAUUGUUGACCAUGUGAGGCAGAAUCUAGACUACAUUAAGAAGCUAGAGCCACAGAUUCGGGUCCUGGUGAGAAAGUGUUAUCAAAAGGCUACAAAUUCUGCAUUUGGAAUUUCGAUUGCUUUCAUCAUCUGCGCUUUGGUAUCUUCGCUAUAUAUCAGGGAGAAGAAGUUGAGUAGAUAG